CCAAGGAAUUGAGCCACUUGGCAGCUGCCUUCCUCUCACUUUCAGUCUCUUCUGCAACCUCAGGCACACGGGAGGCAUGAAGCUAGGCGUUGUCCUUGUCACACUUGGACUUGUGAUAGUUCAUGUAUCUGAGGCUUUUUUCCCUAUAAUCUUUGACUGUUGCACGGAAGCAGCCCAUCACGUUCCCAGGAGAUGGCUAAGAACAGUGCUGAAAUUUGACAUCCAGAAGGGUGAUGGACUAUGUAAAAUACCAGCUGUGAUCCUUCACACCAAGUACAAAAAGCUGUGUGUAAGUCCACAGAAUAAAAAUGUGAAGAGGUGGAUGAAGCGGAUGUCCAAACGUCGCCAAAGAAUGGGACAUCGUGCCAGGAAGAAGAAAAAAUCCCAAAGAAGGAUAAUUGUGAUACAAUGAUCUCUGUGAACAAGAUGGAGUUGCUACAGUCUCUGUAAUAAAUUCAGCAAAGACCUUGUGA